AUGAGUGGUCAUGAGAUGAAUGACGAUAAGAAUAAUGCCAUAACAAUCAUACAAGAAGCAGAAGAGGAGAUUCUGGAAGAGGAAACUGGCAGUGAAGUGGUGGAAGUGCUGCCGGAAGUAGCCAAGGCAAAAGAGGAAACAGCAGCUACUACUGCUGUGACAGAAGCCACCUUCAAAUCAACCUCAGUAGCUCUGAUAGAGAAGCUGUUGCAAUUCAGUACGCCUCGCUUGGAUUCCAAGAUUGUCAAUGUUUUGUUUCUGGAAGGCAUGAUGGAUAUCUUCAUGACGCACGUGUCUCGCUUGGAUCUGGAGCAGAAAAAAGUCGAUCUGGAAGCCUGUGAUUUCGAGACAAAGCUCAAGUACAGCAAGCACAAGCGAAACUUUGACGAUAUUGAUGCGCUCAAGCGAUCCUAUCAUGCUAUGGAGUUUCUAUCGGGAACAACAGCAAAUCAUCUAUGGGUACAAAAUGCCAAAUUCUAUGACAUUGUCAAUCAUUUGUUUGAGAUGUUUCUGCCAAACUCACAUGGUAAUUUCAACCACUUUUUCAAGAUAUUUCAACACUUGGUCAGACGCCACCCAUGUGACAUGUUGGAUUUUGUCAUUAACCGGGACAAUGCCUCGAUUGUAUUCAACUACAUGCUGCCUUACUUGACUGAAAGCUCUGUUAUGGAUUCCAUCUUGAGCCUGAUAUUUGUGCGUGAUAUCAACCCCGAGACAAAGCAAGAGCGUGAAAAGAGCCAUGAAAAGUUGUAUCAAUUGGGAUUCUUGGAGUGGAUUGUAAGCAAGAUGCAAAUGAAAGAGCAUCCAGAGUAUGUGGAAGCAGCGCAAGAGUUCUUUCUUCGAGUGAUAGAAGAAGCAUCUCAAGUGGAUAACGGAGACGUCCUGUUCAAGGCACUAAAGGAGGAAAAGGGAGCAGAGAUUAUGCAAGUCCUAGUAAAGCAGGUGAUAAAUAAUCCGCCUUCCGAAGAAAGAGAACGUAUGAUAAGUAUUAUCAAAUUGCUGGUAAAGAGUGGCAUGUUGACUACCAGAGCUUCCUCACUGUCUCAGCCUGUGCAAGGACCAUUGUAUUAUAUAUCGCUGCGAUCGCAAGAUCUACUAGUGAAGCAUAUUCCGGAUUUCUGUUCAUUGUUUGUGAAUGACCGACAGUCUAUCAACACGAAAAUUGCCCCUCUGACAACAUCAGACAUGGACCUCUUGGACAUUAUCUAUCAAACACUGUACAAUGCAAAUGAGAAGACACAGAUGCUGGCAUCUACUCCCACUGCUUUCUGGAAGAUUCUCGUCAACUCGUUUUUCGAGAAAUCCUCCAGCAAUAUUUAUCAUACCUUAUUUUAUAGAAUCGUUUGUUUGACAUUGGCCAUCAAUUACGAACCCACAUUAAUUGUGCUUGUCAGAAAGCAGAGUUUGAUUACGAGACUCAUUGAUGAAUAUCAGGACAAGAAGAGAAUCACAGAAACCCGUGGCUUCAUCUUGUUGAUUUUGAAUCAGCUAAGAUUGAUGGCUGAUGCCCACCAUUCUGAUUUGAUUUCUCGUAUCAUCUCUGUCCAUCCGCGCUACCAAGAAUUCCUACCCACAUUGCGAAAAGACACACUGGCACAGACGGAACCUAUCUACGCGUGGAAGUUGGAAGCAUGUCCUCGACCACCAGCACAUCUUGGCCCUACACCACCUAUUCAAGCUGUGCACUUUUCACCGUAUUCUGGUACACUACCGCUGAUGAGCAAUGCAAACGACAAUGACGAUGCAUCUGGUAUUGAUCUAGGCAGUGAUUUCGCCUUUUGUCUUGGAUUCAAGGAAACAGAGAAAGGAACCGAAACGCCCUACGAAUACCUGUCUCGCAGAAACUCUGAUUACUCUUCCUCUCAGUCCACAAAUGAAGGAUUUCCCAUGGACAUUAUUUGGGGCGAAAGCCUAACAGCGAAUGAUAGCCAAAGUGAAGACGAUUCUGAUGGAGCAUCAUCCAAGAGUGGUAGUAGUAAAAGCAAAAAGAAGAAGAGGAGAUGA